CUGAGAAUGAAUUUUCCUUUCGAGGAUGAUGGUGUGCUACACGAUAUGACAUCUGAGAUUACAAACUGAAUUAUUUUGACAAGGUUUUGUGUUUACGGCUCUUACAGCAGCGGGCAGUCGCUGACAUGAAUUCCAUCCUCAUUACAGCUCUGGUGAUCACUGGAUUCAGUGGUGGUUAUGGUGGCAAUACAUCAACACCUUGUUUAAAUGGGUUCACCAGCAAGCUGUCAUACAUUCAGAAUAAUAGCUUCUUCACAAUGAACAUCACAGACCAUUCAAGGACAAACAUUAUAAUUUCUGAUAGCGCAACUAAAUUGGACUGUUCCUGGGGGAUAUUUCAAUGUUAUAUACAGUGUGGUUUUCUCAAUGUCACCAAGAACCUAAGCAGCCUACUGGAAGAGACAAUAUGUGUACAAAAUAAUGAAGGCACUCAACUUGACUUCAUCCUAAGUGAAUCCGGAACUAGUUGUAAUGUCACACUGUGCAACGAAAACAGUGUAAUCAGACUAAUACAUGGAAUCUGUAAUGUCAAAUCUACGGAAAAAGAAUUGAAAAGAUUGCUCAUUAUUAAAAACAUGUGUGCUUUGGUUUUGUUUAAUAGCAAUAACAUUACAAAAUCAUACAUCAGAAUAGAGAAAAACUGCAUACAUGGCAUCAUCAGGAUACCCUUUGAAGGGGACAGCGAAGACUUUGACCUAGAGGACUUGGCCCUGACUGUGGUUAGCAUGAACAAGAGCACCACUAACAGUGACUUUGUAACGAUCAGUACUUCUCAGGUCUCAGACUAUCUCCUGCCUGUGACUACAAUGAUCCCUGUGGCACCUUUCCAAAAUGUUCCGGAAGAACAGAGCAAGGUUGCUGUAGUUAUAUACUCCUCUGCCAAGCAGUUUAUGAUCAACCAGCCGAACAUGACGAUUUUGUCUCCGGUCAUUCGGAUUGAAGUUGUCAACCGACACAUUACAAAUUUGGCCAAGCCGCUUAGUAUCAAUUUCAAACUGAAUAGCAAUUCUGCAGUACCUGCAAACUUUUGCUUGUCAUGUCAGUACUAUGAUGACGACAUUUACGAAUGGAAAGGCCAACAAUGUCUAAUUCCCCAGAACUUUGACAGCAACAUUGCGAACUGCUUAUAUGAUCACAUGACUCCCUUCGCUGUUCUUCUGGUUGAUGUUAAAAUAGAUAAAUCGCACUGGAAAAUCUUGUCGUAUUUAAGCUACAUUGGGUGUGGUAUCUCAGCAUUUUUCUCUCUUGCCGCAAUCCUUGUCUUCUUUAUGAAGAGGACCCCAACCGCAGACUCCUCCAACAGCAUCCAUGUAUCUCUAAGUGCUUCCCUGUUACUCCUCAACACCAGCUUUCUGUUUAGUGAGUGGGCAGCCAGCUGGUCUAUAGAGGGCGUCUGCGUGUUUGUGGCUGUGAUGAUAGAUUACAGCCUGCUGUGCUGCUUCUCCUGGAUGGCCAUUGAAGCACUGCAUGUGUACCUGCUUCUGAUCAAAGUGUUCAACACCUACAUCAGAUACUAUAUGGUCAAGCUGUCCCUGUUUGGCUGGGGACUGCCUGCUCUUUUUGUUGGAGCAUCUCUGAGUGUGUACAAGCUUGAGGCUUUCUAUGGCACCAAGAAGGUAACAUUAACAGACAGCACAGAUACAACAGCAAUCUGCUGGAUCACUAAUGUUUACUUCCUAUAUGGAAUGAACAUUACCUACUACAGCAUCGUGUUCUUGACAAACACGGCUGUUCUCUCAACAGUGACCUCUCAGAUCUGUAAGCUACGGCGUUUGGGAGCCAAAGGCAAGAAGAUUCCUACUUGUAAGGACAUUAGUACUGUACUGGGCCUGACCUGCCUGCUGGGAUUGACGUGGGGCUUGGCUUUUGUCACCUCUGGAUACACAAAUUACCCCAUACUCUACCUCUUCUGCAUCUGCAACAGCCUGCAAGGGUUAUUUAUGUUCCUGUGGGUUUAUUUGACGAUGAGGAAGAAUCGGCGUGUGGCGGAGACUUUAUCUCCAUCUGACCCCUACAGUUCCACAAGCAAACCGAAGACCAUCAGAUCCAAUGACAUUUCACAUUACUCAUAACAGACUUUGCAGGGGGCGGUCAGAAUUCACCAACACCACCACAAUUACAUUUACAUUCAGUUUUCAUCCUAAAUCGACAGAUUCAAGUCUGCAAUUCUGACCUUUCAUCUGUUUGUUUUAAUGUCAAGUAAUGACCAAAGGCAAGAUUGCAUGCAUAACAAUAACUUUUCAAAUGAAAGUUAGAAUAAAGAUAGCUUGCUUUUGAAAGCAAAAGCGGUGUUGGCUUAAUGGUAGGAUGAACACAAGAUUGAACAGAUCAAAAGCUCAAAUUAUACACUUUUUUAAAGAAUUUCUUUCAAAUUUCUUACGAAUAAGUCACACCAUGAUUAUAGCAUUAUAGAGGUUUAUAUAGAGGUUAUAUGAAAGUUGUUGUGGAGAAAUAUUCAGUGUAUUGCAAUGUAAUAUGUGUAAUGCAUGUAUAAAAUGUAAAAUGUACUUUAAAAUGUUAUAUUUACAGACAAUUGUUUAAGUAGCUUCGUAGAUACUCGACUGAGUGAUAUGUACUCACAGAAUUGAAAUACACAAACACAAAAGUGACCUGUGUUCAUACUAACUAACUGCUCUGCUCUUUUUAUGUAUUAUGCACAUGUUCAUAUAAUGCAAUAUGGUUAGGUUUAGGUGUUAGUACAGUAUACUGGGAAACACCACUGGCCACCAUGUGGCAGACUUCAUUUGUCCUCUGUGCAGCCUCACCAUGCUGUAUCAAUAAGAGUCCUUGGGCAAGACCCCUAAUGCUACAUUAGCCUACCCCUCAUUAGUUGAGAUUAAGUGAGUAUAGAUAAAAGCAUUUUCCAAAUGUGUAAAUGUAACUGAUGAAAUAAAAAUAAAUAAAAUCACUACAAGAUAAUCAAAUUAUGUUAAUCUGACUUAAACGUAUUAAGUUGUAAAGGAGCAGAGUGUAAGAUUUGGUGGCAUCUAGUGGUGAAGUUGCAGACUGCAACCAACUGAAUAUCCCUCCCUCACCCCUCCUGUUCCAAGUGUGCAGUAGAACAUACAGUGGCCAUCAGGCAAUUCAUGCACUAAAUGACCUGUCCAGCAGAAAGCAGGCAUCACUCUGAAAAUAUUUGCCCCUCAUUUGCAGUUUCCAUCUGGAAAGGCCACGGCAGUGUUUAUCCUUGUUUUCUGCCAUUGUCUGUCCCCAUUUUACUUCGCUUCUUCAUGUUUUCACUUCUUUAACAAUGUGGAUCCACCCUCUCUUGCUUUUUCUUGAAUUACCUUAUAAUAAACAUGAUCCUACAUUAGUCAAAA